AUGGGUAUUGCUUGUCUCAAGCGAGUUUGCCGCAGGUUUAGAGCUUGUCAUGACCAGAAACCUAUGCAACUUACCCGUUAUGAUGAAAUUCGUGAAGCAGAGACUUUUGUCCUAAAACAGAUUCAACAAGAAUUCUUCUCUAAAGAGAUAAACAGUUUAAAGUCUGGAAAACUUUUGAACAAAGACACAAGUAUAUCCACACUUGCACCAUUUUUAGAUGAAAAUGGACUAAUGUGUGUUGGUGGAAGAUUGAACAAAGCUGCUGGAAUUUUACCAUCAAAGGAAAUCAAUCCAAUUAUUCUUCCCAAGAACAGUCAUAUCUCUGUUCUUUUGAUUCGUCAUUUUCACGAGCAAGUCAAACAUCAGGGGAGAUUAUUCACUGAAGGUACACUUCGUACCGCAGGUUAUUGGAUUCUGGGAGGCAAGCGCAUGAUUUUAUCUUUCAUUCCCACUUGCGUGACUUGUCGAAAACUUCGCCGUGGCCUUGAAACACAGAUGAUGGCAGACUUACCAGAGGACAGGAUCACACCACAUUUUCUAUACCAACAUAUUCCAUGUUUCAUCCUUGUCCCCUCAAAUUCAAUUUACCACAUCAGAUCUACAUCAGAUCUACAUUCAAUAAAGUUUACCAGUUGA